AUGCGCACUUACGACGACUCUUUCUCCGGUCAGAAGAUCUACCCUGGAAAGGGUAAACUCUACGUCCGCGGCGACAGCAAGAUAUUCCGAUUCCAAAACGGCAAAACUGAAUCUCUAUUUCUCCAGCGCAAGAAUCCCCGUCGUAUUGCUUGGACAAUUCUCUUCCGAAGGCAACACAAGAAAGGUAUUUCUGAGGAAGUUGCCAAGAAAAGAUCUCGCCGCACCAUCAAAUCUCAGCGAGCUAUCGUUGGCGCCUCUCUAGAUGUAAUUAAGGAGAAGCGAAACCAGAGACCAGAGGUCCGAACUGCCGCACGCGCAGCUGCCAUUAAGGAAGGUAAAGAUAAGAGAGCUGCUGCUGCUAGCGCCAAGAAGGCAGAGAAAGCCAAGCUGGCAAGUGCUUCAGCUAAAGGUCAGACUUCAAGGUUACAGAGCAAACAGGGCGCAAAAGGUGCACCCAAGAAAAUCCAAGCAACCACACGAUAG